CGGAUUGCAAGCAGGUGCAUUCACAGUAUAGUAGUAGAUCUACAGCUACACAGUACAGUACAGGUUCGUAUUUAAUUUCUUUAUCAUAGUUUCUCUGAGCAUAGCUACCCUACUAAUACACAGUCAUGAGUUCUAUGGAGAGGAAAGGAUCUAUAUCCUCCACUUGCUCUGACUCGAGUGCGGAGGAGACAAGAGACGGCGUUGGAAAGAAGAUAAAGAUCCCAGUCACAGUACCCAAGCCCUUCAGUUUCACACUCUACUCGCGACUACAACAACGUCGAGAUUUUGACGAUGAUCUAAGAAAAAGACAGCAUGCUGCCGAGGAGAGAGACAGAAUAUCCCGAGAACGACAAGAGAGGGAAGAAGAACUAGAGCUCAAGAAAUACAGGAAAUCCCUCAACUUUAAAGCCAACCCGAUUCGGAGUUACUCUGGCAUCUACCCGAAUCCGAGUGAAAAGGAAUUGACGAUACCACAAGGACCUCGACUACUGACUGAGAAUCGAUUACGCACAAAUCCCGAGGAUAACCCCCGGGCCGAUUCUCGAGGGAGCAGCGAUCACAGUGACAUUGUGUAUUCAACUUAUUCGUAUAAUGGACCCACUGUACUUUGACCUUGCUUAGUGCAGCUCGUUCUCGUUCAGUUAUAUACAUGCUCAGGUACAAAUUCAGAAAUUAACCAACAAUGUAUGUAUUGUCAUUAAUUAUUUAAUUGUUCUGCUUCUGUGUAACGGCUUUGAAAGCUGCUUCUUUGUUGGUGUUCAAUUGUUCCAAUGUGUUG